CUAAGAAUGGAAAAAAACAAAGGCAAAGCUUCAGUUCCGAAGCCCAAAAAAACUCAAAAAUUUAACAAGCGGCAACUCCGAAGCUAGUUCAAACUAGUGGGGGGUUGUUUGCUAUUAAGCAAUCACAAAAAUCUUACAUAAAUAAUUUCAUAAAUAAAAAAAAAAGGGGGAAAUUUGAGUUAAUCAAUUAGUUUUUGGUUAAUAAAAUUUAAUUUGUGGAAAAAAUAAAGAAAAGAUCGAUCGAGAUGGCGCGUGGUAAGGUGCAACUGAAGAGGAUAGUGAAUCCAGUGCAUAGACAAGUUACUUUCUGUAAGAGAAGAGCUGGUUUGCUUAAAAAGGCUAAGGAGUUGUCUGUUCUUUGUGAUGCUGAUGUUGGUGUUGUUGUUUUUUCACCUCAAGGCAAGCUCUAUGAACUCUCUACUAAAGGAACCAUGCAAGGGCUGAUUGAGAGGUACAUGAAGUGCACCAGUGGUUUUCUCCCGGCUGAAUCCGAGACGGACGUACAUAAGCGCUUGCUGGAAUCCAAGGACGAAGUAAACAUGAUGACUCAAGAGAUCAAAUUGCUGGAGAAAGGGCUCUGUUUCAGGUCCAUAUUUGGAGGGGCUGAAGGAGCAAUGACAUUGGAUGAGUUGCAUGCACUAGAGAAGCAUCUCGAGUCAUGGAUCUACCAAAUUCGUGCUACCAAGAUGAAAAUUAUGUCUCAAGAGAUUCAAGUUUUGAAGAACAAGGAGGGUGUCCUGAGGGCCGCAAACAAGUAUCUUCAGCAAAAGGUUGAAGAGCAAUGUGGAUUUUUUAACGUUGAACCACUAACAACUAACAUCCCUUAUGCACUGACUAUACCAAAUGAAAUAUAUGAAUACUAGUUAGUGUACUAACAACAUAAAUUUCUUUGUAAUUAAAGAAUAAAAUGGAGAAACCAAACUCGGAUUUGUAAUACCUCUUUUGAGGAUGUGUGAUGUGUGUCUAUUAAAGACUAUUCUAUCGUUGUCACAUUAUGUGCUUCUUAGUAUGUGAUUACUUGUACAAUUGUUUGCAUUUAUUAUGACCGUCAAUUUAUGUAUUAUUCCGUUGUGUAUAUUACAAGUUAUUAUUGUUG